AUGCCCCUGAGAUCGGCAACCCCCCCGCUGCUGGUGCCUUACAUGACCCUCCAGUCGGCACCCGACAAGUCCUCUGACCACUUUUGUCUCCUUCCCAACGAGGUGAUUCUCCGCAUAUUCUCCUACCUCGACCCCGAUCAGCUGAUUGCGUGUGGCCAGGUGUGUCGGCGGUGGCACCACCUCUCCUCGGAUUGGCACCUCUGGGAGGCCAAGCUCUUUGAGACCCAGUGGUGCACCAUUGUUUGUCCGGAGCCCCCUCCUCGGGAUAUGCCCAUCCCCCUACCCAAAAACCCCCUGCGCGAUCCCUCUUCCAUCCACCCGCGGGCGGUCUACCGCUUCUUGAGUCAGUACAUCCCCAAAUGCGACGGAGGCGCGGGAACAGAGGGGACAGACCCUUCAACAUCACCCGACGCCGAACCGCUCGAUCCGCCUUCUCCGCGCACCCACACCAACCAGCUCUCCAACAUUGUGAAUGCCAUCAUCUACCACGUCCGGGAGCUCCUUUCUUCGCGUCAUUCAAACCCCUCUGGCUCCUCGGCCACCGGCGCCUCCGCAAACCGACCGAGGUUCGCGCUUUUCGGCCCGGGACUGGAUCACCGGUACACCAGUCGUCUCUUCUGGAAGAUGGUCGACACGCGUACGCGGUCCUUCGAACCCAUCAACGUUUUCACGGGUCACAUGGGCUUCGAGUCGGGUAUUACGCUGCGUCUGUUUGCGCAGGCGCAGAGAGCCGUCAUGGAUGGUUCCACUCGGUGUUCUGCCUCAAGAAAGGUUUCGUGUGAUUCCGCGGCUGCGUCGGCGAAGACCUCUACCAGUCGAUUCGCGUCGUGCCUCUCCGCGCCCUCCACCCCUCCGUCGCGCUCCCCUGUUCCGGUAGUCCAGCACUCCACCGAGUACCCAUGUCAGUGCCACCAACAUGAGGACUUCACCUUCGAUCUUUCCUACCUCUACUCCCUGCCACCGCACCUAAAACACGUCUUCAACGACCAGUACACGCGUCUCCGUGUUAGCAGACUGUUUUUUCACAACGAGGACGAAGCAGGGGCUGACGCCGUUUCCGUCCAACGUGACCACUCCAGCGAGUUGGAUGACUUCCUGUCGCAAUUGGUGGUCACCAAUGAGAUGCGGGAGUUGUGCCGCAAGCUGGACGGCAUCAUCUACGCCAUUGACGCCCGAGAAUCGGCCGACCAGUUGGUGCUUCUGUACCACGAAUUGAGGGCUGUGCUGCGCGCCUUCCCUGAGCGAACUGCCCGUCGGAUUCCCAUUGUUGUGCUUUACAUCAUGCCCAAAGAGGACAUCAAGUUCGAGAGGAAGCAGAAGCUUGUUGUCAAACCCGAGCUGGUGAAUCGUGAUAGUUACAGCGGCGCGGAGUACACGGCUGCCUGGCACGACUCCGUCCUGCUGGUCAUCUCGGUGUUGAAGCUCUUCGAACUGCCGAAUCCCUGGAGACUGCAGAAGUGCUCGAGCAACGACAUCAAAACUCUCAUCCAGAGCCUCAUGUGGCUCAACCUGAAGUACCUUCGACCUGUCGCUGUGACACUGACAGGCGCAUAG